UCUCCUCGUUUGCUGAAGGACACUUUUGGUGGAAGCACAAUGACUCUCUGUGUUUGACUAAAACUUGCAGGGAUAUUAUCAACUCUCCAAAGACCUCCGUAAUCAGCAUCAUUGUAAGCAACUCUACAGUUGGGGCCUGGAGAUCCUUUUACACAGAAACAACGAGCAAGCGAAUUCUACAGAGCAACCAAGUGAUUUUGAUUGGAGUGAAUGUCAGUGGGACUCAAUAUCCCAAUUCUGUGUGGGGCAUUACAGGGACUGAAUCAGAAGUCACCUGUUCCGUACCAUUUAACAUGACUGAUUCUAUUUUGAAUAAUUUGCGGUGGAAGUUGGAUGGCAAGUUUGUAAACAAUAAAGGUUUUACCUAUAAUAAGCACCAUGAUGUUAUCAUCUUCAAAAUGAUGGAGAAAGUUUAUGGCACUACAACGGUCCAGUGGAAAAUCAUAGUUGCUCACUCCACAGCAGCUGUUGGAAAUCUUUAUUGCCGGGCCCAGUACAGCACAGGACAAAUCGUUGAUACACCAAUGAGUCAUCUGAACGAAAUAAGGAUAGACAGCGACCUCGAUUUAAUAGUCCUGACUCCAGAUACAGGAGCUGUGGUGACUUUUAUAACUCAUGCACCUUCAGCACCGCUGUCAAGGAAUUUGGAUUGCUCUCUUGAUCUUGUCAACCCUAUUAGUAAAUCGACAGAUUCAAAAAUCUCAACCGAUGGGUUAAUCUUCACCGAAGUUUAUCACAUUCGCAGUUCUGAUUCUAUGAUAGAAGCAGGCUCAAAAGAUGAUUUAGUUUCACAACAUGGUACUUGUGACUACUCCGUCCGGAUUCAGAAUUCAGUCCAAGAAUCUCUUACAGUUACAGUGAAAUUCUCGUUGCUCGGUGAAGCAGUUGUCAUAACACCAGUUUUGGCAACGGUGGGACGACCAGCUAUUUUGACAACUUAUUUCACUGCCAGAGACUUAUCCGACGUCAGGAUCACAUGGCAGAAAAGAAAUGGAGGGUCAAUAAAUUGGGAAAGUCUUCCAUCGGAUCACCAGUGGCAGUACCGUACACUUAUCUCUCCAAUCGAUGAUAAAGGUGUGAUGUCUACCAAACUCUUCAUUCAGAGAUUGACUUCUAACGAUGUUACAGACUACAGAGCAGUCAUUUUCCUUUCGGGUCAACAGCAAACAUGUGACAUGAUAUGCGUCAAGUCAGCUCAAGCAACAAUUUCAAAAGUAAAGGCCGUUUUUGAAAGGUCGACUGCAUUCUUUACAAUGUCAGUCCUUGGAGACAUAAAGCCAUUGAGUGUAUUCCUUCACUAUAAAGAAGGAAACAAGGAUAUUCCAAUAUCCCUUCCAGACUUCUCUGCAGUAUCGGGUCCCUACACAAUCUCACAUCGUUUAGAGGACGUUUACUUUUGUGACGGUGGUCAUUACAGUUUCAGGAUCAAGUUGGAGACUGGAUUCGAAUUCAGUACUGACGAGACGAACCUAAAGAUCAAACUACGCUGUAAACCACCUCGUACGCCUCCGAAUACACUUUUGAAAAAGGUUGAAAUUGCUGAAUCCGACGACUACAAAUAUGUCGUCACGUGUAUCAACGAAGACCUUGUCUUAAUGAACGAGAACGCGAAGGAAGUGAUCUGCAACACAUCUACUGGCUCAUAUCACACUAAGAUUGAUCUUAGUCCUUGUCUAAGAGUCAUUGAACAAAUUUACCCUUGAGCAUUGACUCUGUGAAACAUAAACUGGGAUUGAAAGGUUCAAAUCAUAGAUCAUAUUUUUAUUCUUGUUUUGAUGUUGGAGCCAAUUUUAUUCUUGAGGUAGUUUUUAUCAUAAAACUCUCAAAACAAUGUUGGGCGGCGCCCAGCCUGCCAUUAGCCUUAUCUUCAAUUGGUCCUCAUGUGCUCAUGAACACAAAAGCCUGAGGUUUCCACUUCUCAGGUAAUCAUUACCUGAGGACCCCAGGCUAUUAUGUUCAUUAACAUAAUGAACAUUAUAAUAAAGAUUUGGCGGAAUGACAGGCUGAGCGCGGCCCAGUAAAGGUAAUCAAAACAAUUGCAAUCCACAAUCUAACAUCAAACACCCUGGUACAAUAUUUUGAAACUUAAUCAAUCCUGCUAUGUGUUAUGAUGGCAAAUUAUUUUAUAUUUGUGAUUGGUUUAACAGACAGAACUGUACUUUUUUAUUUAACGGGUGAUACUCGUAGAAUAUUUUUUCACAGACCGUCGACAAGUCCAACUCGGCGCGCGUCUUGGUAAUGGUUGGUUAUAAACCUACAAUUUUGUAAAACAAGUAAACUACUACUACUAGAACCAUGUUUUCUGCUUUAUUUUUGU